UUACAACUAAUUGGUUUACAUAAAUAUACUAGACAUAUGUUUAAUAUAUAUGAUGUGGAAAAACUAAAAGUGAGAAAAAUAAAUUUUAAAAAGAUCAUUUAAUAAGCAGCUGACACAGUGUAAUUGUCAAUACAACAUUAUAGUAAUUGUAAACAGUAUACAAGUACUAUCAAUCCAUGGAUGCGUGUAAAGCUACUGUUUUGGUGACUGGUGGAGCAGGAUACAUAGGUUCCCAUGCCAUUGUCAAACUGCUGGAAAAUGGGAAUACUGUAGUCGCUAUUGACAAUUGUUCCAAUAGUUAUAGAUGCUCGGAUCAGUAUAUACCAGAGUCUCUUCACCGGGUCCAGGAACUGACAGGUAAAAGUGUAAAAUUCAUACCAGUUGAUCUUCUGAACAAGAAAGAGAUUGAAACGGUUUUCCUUCAGUUUAAGAUCGACUGUGUUAUGCACUUCGCCGGGUUCAAAUCUGUUGGUGAGUCUUGCAAGAAGCCUUUAGAGUACUAUAGGAAUAAUGUUGUAGGUUCGUUAAAUCUUUUUGAAGUAAUGAGGGCUUUUCAGUGUUAUCGCCUUAUAUAUUCUUCAUCUGCUACAGUUUACGGUAAUCCCAAAGAACUUCCUUUAGUCGAAGAUUCACCCACAGGUAAUUGCACAAAUCCGUACGGUUGGACGAAAUAUGUAAUAGAGGUUAUGGCAUCCAACCUUUGCGGCAUUGGCGAGGGUUGGAAAGUGAUAUCAUUAAGGUACUUCAAUCCAGUAGGUGCCCACGAAAGCGGUCGAAUAGGUGAAGACCCAAAUGGGAUCCCUAACAAUCUGAUGCCUUAUAUUUCUCAGGUAGCCGUUGGCAAGUUAGAGGAAUUGAAAGUUUUUGGAAAAGACUAUAACACCAAGGAUGGGACGGGUGUUCGUGACUAUAUCCACAUUGAAGAUUUGGCAGAAGGUCAUGUCAAAGCCCUUGUGAGGAUAUGUAGUGAAGAUUUCAAUGGAUUUCGUGUUUACAACCUUGGCACAGGCAGUGGUCAUUCAGUUCUUGAAAUGAUACAAGCAUUCGAAGAGGCUUCGGGUAAGGUUAUUCCAUAUUCGUUUGUCGGUAGGAGGGAUGGAGACGUUGCGGAAUGUUAUUGUGACUGUAAGCUCGCCAACAGUGAGCUGCAAUGGUUUGCGAAGAAGUCCUUGAAGGAUAUGUGCGAAGAUACCUGGAGAUGGCAAGAAAGGAAUCCCAAUGGCUACCUGAGGGCUAUGAAAAAUUGUAUUUGCUCUCCUGGCAAGUGCAACUGCAAAUAAUGAAUGAGUGUUGAUGUGUGGUAAUUUAUUUUUUAAAAUAUAAAACGUAUAAAUCAAAUGUCAGUUUAUUUAUCAUCACAUGUAAACCAGGUUUUACUUCAAACAAAAAUAGUUUUCUUUACUUAGUAACAUAUGAAAUCAAAAUAUUCACUGACACCAGAUUAGUUAUUAAUGUUAGUAUUCUCAUUAAUCACCUUAAUUUAUCAUCUUUCACAUAUUUAUUCUUCUGAUUCUCCAUUUUUGCUUGUCCC